AGAAUCACAUAUCACUCUUGUACACAUUGCAUCAUAACAAUUGUUCAAAAAUUUGAAAUUAAUUUUAUUAGAUAAUUAAUAUUGUAUCAACUUGCCAGAGAAUUUCGAGGCAUGAUAGAGCAAAUAUGAGGAUUGCAUUGAAUUUUGACAUUUUAAAAUCGAUUAUUGAAUAACAGUAUCAUUUUCUACAUCAAUAUGAGACCUGGACAAAGACGGCAGACAGGCCUGCAAUAUGGAAUAUUUUUGUUACUUACACAAGUUGUAAAAUUUGGAAUUGAUAAAAUACCACCUGCUACUUUAAUUGGAGUUAUUAUACAGACUUUGCUGUACACUGGGAUGAUACAAGUACCAUGGAAUGCAGAAGAUGUGUGUAUAUCGGCUGCAAAGAUAUUUAAGUACAAAGAUUGGCGAUCUUUUUUACUUUCAAAUUUUGAACAUGGAUCCGACAUGCAUUUAUAUUAUAACAUGAUUUCGUUCAUUCUGAAAGGCUCCUACUUAGAACCCAUUUAUAAAACACCGAACUUUGUACUUUUGCUUGUGAUAUUGUCAUUUGGUUGUAGCGCCAUGUAUGGAUGUUUAGGAUAUGCGCUGAUGCAAAUAACAGGGGAUUAUCAAUAUUUUACAACUUGUGCUAUUGGCUUCUCCGCAACAUUAUUUGCAUUAAAAGUUAUUGUGAUAUGUGAGGAACAUGAUAGAUUGCACAAUAUUAAUGGGUUUCAAGUACCAAGUAAACUCGCUGUGUGGGUUGAACUGAUAUUAAUACAUCUAUUAGUACCAAAUUCUUCUUUCAUGGGGCAUUUAGGUGGCAUUUUAAUUGGAUGUUUAUAUUCUUAUACGUGUUUUGGAGAAAUGAUUGAUAACAUGAUACACACCAUAACUGGUAUUCCUAUUAUACAUGAAGAACAAUUUUAUAGAAGGCGAAAUUUAUUUUCUAGAUGAAAUUUUUAGAGUACG